CAUUUCCCCUGUACGUGACCAGUUUCUGACCCUGCUACGCUGGCUGAUUCCUCAGCCCCAGCCAUCUCUUUGGCUCUGACCCUGAUGUCCUUCCGGCCCCGCCAGCCAUGACUGCCUCUACAAAAGGAAGGGAAAGGGAAGAGGGUCUAAAUACUCGUUUUAAAUAUCCCAGGUGCACACAACCCCAGCCACCACCCCUAUGCUCCUCUUUCUCUGGGUUUAACUGUUCACAGCUCGGGGAUUUCAUAUAUUCAUCAAUCUAACAAAUACUUAUUGAGCUCUGUCCUGGGAACUGUAAAUGCAGAUAAACUUUGUGCCUUCAAAGACCAGCCUAGCAGAAUAAACAGAAGUACACCGAUCAUUAGAAGUACUGAUUCAAGUCUGUUGGGGAGCACAGAGGGAGAGCACCCAACAUAACCUGGGCAGUGCUUCUGGAAUGCUUCCCAGAAGACAUAGUAACACUGAGGCUGGAUCUUGAAGAACAAACUUGAGGUGGAGGUGGGAGUCAGGUAGAAGGAAAUAGGAUACAGUCAAGAAAAGACCAAGGCACCAUCACAGAAAUUCACAAGUAUCUCAAGCAGCUUGCUAGUCUGAGAAAUGAGGCUGGAGUGAGAAACAAAGGCCACACCUGGUCUUUUAGGAUUUGAGAGUCUUUAGCUUAUGUAGGUGGAAGCCAUAUAUGUAGACAUCAGCAGGCAGAUUGUAUGGAGAAGAGGGUUUAGCACAAAAUCCAGACAAGCAUCAGCAUUUAAGAGCAGGGUUAAGGAGAGAUGGGGUGGCAAGAGAGGUAGGAGGAAAACCUGGAGAAAGCAGCUAACAGUAUCAGUGAAGCUAAGGAAGGAGUCGUCUCCAGGGUCACUUAAGAUGAGGACUGAAACUUCCGUUGGAUCUGAUAAUUAGGAGGCCCCCAGAGACUUCUGUUAGUGUACUUUCGGUGAGGUGGAGGGGGCAAAAGCCAGAUUGAAUAAAUGGGGGUUCAGGAAAUGGAGACAAGCAGUACAGUCUAUGCUGAAAUCUUUUAACUUCCUCCUUCCUUUCUUUCCCAACCCUUGCUCGACUACAAUACAAAAUCGUUCGCAUUUUCUCCUCUGUAUCCUCAGCAGCGAGUACUUUCUCUGAAACAUAAUAGUCACUCAAUAAAAUUUUGUUGAAGAGUAACCCCACACUCUGACCAAUAGAGGGAGCUGAAAGAAAGUCACUCUCGCCUGUAGAGGGAGCUGAAAGAAAGUCACUCUCGCCUGUAGGGGGAGCUGAAAGUAAGUCACUCUCGCCUGUAGGGGGAGCUGAAAGAAAGUCACUCUCGCCUGUAGGGGGAGCUGAAAGAAAGUCACGAGGGGGUGUUAACCUAGGAAGGAACUGGAAGAAAACCCCUGGAAGCGUUAACCACACACUCUGACCUCUAGGAGGAGCAUCGAGCUUCUUGUCUUUCAGACAUUCCUGAGGAAAACUUGCCUGAGGAGUCUGCAUCAAGGAGUACCAACUUUAGAAACCUUCACCAGACAACGGCCUGUUUCCUGAAUGCAGUUAGCCGAGCAGCUACAAGGAUGAAAGUUUUCCAGUGGCUAGCAGGGAUGCUCAUCCUCACCUCUCUGUUGGCGGCCUGUUCCGGACAAAGUCCAAUGACUGUGCUGUGCUCCAUAGACUGGUUCAUGGUCACGGUACAUCCCUUCUUGUUGAACAAUGACGUAUAUGUGCAUUUUCAUGAGUUACACUUGGGCCAUGGUUGCCCUGCCAACCAUGUUCGGCCACACGCCUACCAGUUCACCUACCGCGUUACUGAAUGUGGCAUCAGGGCCAAGGCUGUCUCUCAGGACGUGGUUAUGUACAGCACUGAGCUGCACUAUGCUUCGAAGGGUACCUCAUCGAAGUACAUGAUCCCAGUGUCAUGCACUGCCCCCCAAAAGUCCCCGUGGCUCACUACGCCCUGCUCUGUGAAACUAGCCAGCGAGGGAGGGACCACAGUCCAGAAUGGCAAGACAUGCUAUGAGGUGUUCACAUUGUCGCAGUCCAGCCAAAGGCCCAACUGUGAUUGUCCACCUUGUGUCUUCAACGAAGAAGAGCGUGUCCAGGCCCCACGUCACCAAGAAGAGGCUCAGGAGGGCCGUCCUGAGCAGUUUUCUCCCUUGGAAGAUAUUUCUCAGAAUUCAUCUCUUCACUCGGAUGACCUGAUUGAGUUCGUGUGAUCCCCAGAUUCGGGGUCUCCUGUAGAUGUUCUUUCUAAAAUUAGUGUAUAAUAUUUACUAAUAUCAGACACAUAAGUGCUCUUGUGGCCCUCUUUUGAGUGUUUUUGAGAAAGGGCAGCCUGUGGUCAUUUCAUGAAUAAAGUUCUUUUAUAUUUUUACUUCUUUUUUAAAAGAGAAAAUAAAAUUCUGAUGGCAUAAAAAUA